UAUAUCUUUUCAAUUAUUUUUAAUUAUGUAGUCUAAAAAUAAAUAAUAUUUAGUAUCCAUUUAGUUUUGGUUCUUUCGGUUCUUUCAUUUAUAGAAUUUAGUAUCCAUUCGAAUAUUUUCCAAUUUUUGGUUUGCUUUGAUUUAAUUAGUUUUGCUUUGAUUUUGAUUCGGUAUAUUCGAGUUGGUUUAUUUGUCCACGCCUAGUAGUCCUGAUCAUGUAAAUGACAGAAAAGCCCAAACGAGAUCCAAACCUAUAAAGGCCCAAUAAAUAGUUCACAAACUCAUGACCACUACAAUCCAACGACGUCGUAUCAUCUCGCUGACGUAAGAUAAGCAUCGUAACUAAUUAAAAUCCAAGUAAUAAGUUUGGGUGCCGUGCAGGUAACAAUCACUAAACCCUAAAUCCAUCCUCUCUGUUUCCUUUAUAUAUAUUCUCUCCUUUUUUCAUUUUUUUGAUCCUCUUCUUCUUCUACAAUCAAAAUUCAUUUUUUUUUCCUCUGAUCAUCAUCGAACCCUAGUUUCGUCUUUUGGGUACGUUUGAUUUCGCCUCUCCACUUUGUCAAUUUCGAGUUUUUGUGGUUUGGGUUUUUUUCCCGAUUUAGCCUAACAGAUAAAGUUUCGAGUUUUGUUUCUCUUAAUCAUCGUAGAUACUAACCGAAUCAUCAUGGAGAAGAACUCCUUCAAGCUUUCUAAUCCUCUGGAGAUGAGAAUGGCUGAGUCUACUCGUAUCAGAGCGAAAUACCCUGAAAGAGUUCCCGUGAUUGUGGAAAAAGCUGGACAGAGUGAUGUUCCUGACAUUGACAAGAAGAAGUAUCUUGUACCAGCUGAUCUAACCAUUGGCCAAUUUGUGUACGUUGUGAGGAAAAGAAUCAAGCUUGGAGCUGAAAAAGCCAUCUUUGUCUUUGUCAAGAACACAUUACCACCAACUGCGGCAUUGAUGUCUGCAAUCUACGAAGAACACAAAGACGAAGACGGGUUUCUCUACAUGACAUACAGUGGAGAGAACACAUUUGGUGGAUCUUUCUACUGCUAAUUACCUCAGCUUCUACGUCUGAUCCUCUUGAUGAUUGUACAUUCUCGUCGACCUUAAUAAUGUCAUUUUACUUUCUUGGUUUAACCUUUUGAGCUCUCUUACUAUCUCUUGCAUUUGAAGAUGGUAUUUGAAACAAGAUUCUAAUUUGACUCUCUAGUUUCUUUGUUUUGUUUCCUCUGCAUCUUCUCUAUUGCCAUUGAAUAAAAUAACCUCUAUAGUAA